AUGGAAAGUGGUUUUUUUCGAAACUUACAAGAAGAUAACACAUGUGCGUCUAAAAGUAAUGAAAAUGAAUUUCAUUUGGAAUAUCCAAAUUUGUUAGAAAUAGAUAACGGGCAGGGUGCGAAAAAAACAACGAAUAAUAUCGGAAAAAAUGAGAAAAAGACAAAAGUUGUUAAAACUAAGUUUAUAUCGGAAAAUGAAAAAUUACAUAUAUUGCAAAACUUAAGAAAAACAAAACUGAUAAACUUAAGUCGAACUUCAAAAAUGGAAAGUAAUGAAAAAAAACAAACAGAAGAUGAUAUAAAAAAAAUAAAAAAAAAUAUAUUUCCUUAUCACUCAUUUUGUAUAAAUUAUAAAGAAAAUCGUUUAGAAAAUUCAAAGAAAGAACAUAUAGAUACAGAAUUAAAAAUUUUAGGAAAAAACAAAAAACAAAAAAAAAUAAAUAUUAACAAGCUUACACUUGGAAAGGAUAGCACAAAUAAUUUAUUUGUUGAUAAAAAUGAAAUAAACAAAAUAAAUUCAAAACUCAAUUCUAUAAAAAAUAAUGGUAAUGAAGAUAUAUCAUCAAAAAAACACACUUCCUUUGAAAAAGGAUUAUGUAAACAGUUUUUACAAAAAAAAAUCGCUAAAAUAAAACUCAGAAGUAGUAGCAUUAGUAGUAAUAGUAGUAGUGACAUGACAAUAAAUAUGGUAAAUAAGACCCGAGAAAAUGUGUAUAGUUAUAGAACUAGCCAAAUUAACAAGCAUAAGAUAAUCACUAAAAAUAUACAAAACAUAAAGAAUAUGAAAAAAUCACAAAUUUAUAAGGCAUUGAACAGUAAAAUCAGCAAGGAAAGUGAUAGUAAUAUUUCCCACUCCAAAAAAUCGGAAAAUACAUUUUUUAGAUACAAUGAUAGAAAAAAUAACACAAAAAAUGAAAAUCUGAAAUUUGAAAAAAAUAAUAUUGGCAAGGAAAAAUAUACACCAUCUUUUGCUGAGCAUAGGGAAGACAAAUCAAUAAAAAAAACAAAAAUAAAAAAGGUAGAAAAAAUAGAAAAAUCGGAAAAAUCAGAAAAAAUGAAAAAUAGAGGAUCCAUCGAAAAAUACGAAAAGCUACAUCAAAAUAAUAACAAUAACCACCAUAAUAAAGAAGCAAAAAAUUUGGUAGUAAAAAAUGGAGAAAAAAAAAAAAAAAAAAUAUAUAUUAACAAACAAAGUAAUGAAAGAAUUUACCAAAACAUAAUAAAAAAUAAUAGUUCAAAAAAUGAUUAUUUAAGUAAAAUAAAAAAAUACAAUUCGUUUGCUACUAAUGAAAAUGAUUUAAAAGUAAACAAAAUGUUUAUUGUAAAUGAUAAUUUAAAUAACAACUCAUUAAUAUUAAAUGUAUCUUCAUCGUCUGAUAUUAUUUCUUCAAUUUCAUCUUAUACUAAAAUAGGUUCUAAAAUUAAAUGUAAAAAAGAAAAAACAAAAGUAGAUUCGAUUGGAGAGGUUGAUAAAACAAAUCUAGAUUUUCAAACGUUUGUAGAGAAAAAAGAAACCGAGAAAUAUAAACAUAUCAAAAAUAUAAUUUCUAAAUAUAACUAUAGUAAUAAAAUAAUGGAAAAAAGGGAAAAAAAACAUAACACAUCUUUAUCUUCUAGUAAAAAUUCAUAUAAAAUGUAUUAUAACGAAAAUAGAAAUAGUUUUGAAAUAUAUAAUAUAAUAAAACAAAAAAAAAUUGUAAAAAAAUUAAAAAAAAAUAUAUUAAAGUCUAUUAAAAAAAUAAUUAAUGCUAACAAAAUAAAGACACCUCUUUAUUUUCAUUCGAAAUCUUAUUUUUUUAAAUUUUUGAAAAAAUUAAAAUUUUUAUUAUCCAAAAAACUGAAAGAAAUGAAAAAAAGUUCUGGAAGUACUGGAGAAUGUAGUGGUAAUAUAAAUGGAGAAAAUAUUUAUGAAUUAUUUUUGAGACAUAAAGACAAUAAUUUAUUACUAAAAAAAUAUUUAAAACAACAAAAAAAAUUAACAAACAAUAUGAAUAAAUAUAAUAUAUAUCAUAAACAUGUGGAAAGUAAUUCUAUACAAGAAAAGGAAAAAGAACAAAUAUCGUUUUCAUGCACAAAUAAAAGUGAAAAAGACAACGAAAUAAAAAAUAAAAAUAUCGAAAUUUUUCAAAUUAAUCCAAAAUCAAGUAUUAUAUAUGACAGUAAUAACAAUAGCAAUAAACGGGUUCAAAGCUUUUAUGAGAUAAUUGAAAAAAAAAAACACAAUAGUGAAAUGCUAAAAUCUAUAAAUAAUGUGUCAGGUAUUUGUGAGUAUAAAAAAGAAGAUACGAACUAUGAAGAAAGAAAUAAAAUCGGUCAAAAUUGUGAAAAUAAUGAAAAUAAUGAAAAUAAUGAAAGUAAUGAAAAUAAUGAAAGUAAUGAAAAUAAUGAAAGUAAUGAAAAUAAUGAAAGUAAUGAAAAUAAUGAAAAUAAUGGAGAUGUUGAAGGAAUAGAUAAAGAUAUAAUUGAACAACACACUGAUACUACAAUAUGUUCAACAAAUAUAUUGGAAAAUAAAAAAGGAAAAUUUGAAAAUUUGGAUAUCAAAAUGAUUAAAAAUAAAGACAUUACUUUUCAUAUUACUGAAGGCCAAAAUAAAAAUAAAGAAAAUCAAAUAAAUACCUUAUUUGAAAAUUUUAAAAAAGAAAAGAAUUAUGUUUUGAAUGGAACGAAAAUAAAAAAAAAUAAUGAAACUUAUCAUAAUAAUACUAAAAACCAAUUUAGCAAAGACAAAUCAUAUUCUAUAUUAAUUGAGGAAUGUAAAGAAAGUAAAGAUAAAAAAUAUACAAUUACUAAUUUACCAAUUGUUCAAGGUUCUUCAAAAUUAGACAAUGCAUAUAUCAAUAAAGAUUUUGAUAACCAUGAAAAAUUAAAUGAUGUUAUAAAUAAAUAUCCUAUUGGGAAACUAAAGAUUAAUUCCUUACAUAAUAGAAUUAAAAAUAAUUUGAUGCAAAAAUUAUUUUAUUUAAACUGGUGUGAAUACAGAGAUAAACAAAAAAGAUACGAAAAAAAAAAACAUUUAAUGAAGACCCAGAGAAAAUAUUCAGGAAAUAUUAUACGUUUUGGAGUGAAAAAACAAAAAUACAAAAACUACACCCCACUUUCAUACUUACAAAAAAACAAUCAUAAUUUUAUUCAUAUUCCCACAAACAAUUCAAUUCAAAAUAGAAAAACAAAUUUCAUAAAAAAAUAUAAAAAUUUCCAAUCCUAUAAUGAUAAUAAUUCAAAAAAUUAUAAUAAAAAUUCGGGAAACAUUAUUUGGAUAACUAAAAAAUAUGAUCAUAAUAUUAUUAACAAAAUAAAAAAAAACAUUUCUAAUAAUUAUAAUAAUAUGCUUACGUUUUUAAAAAAUAUAUUUUACAAAAAUUUUUAUUUAUUUAAUAAAAAAAAAGAACAAAAAACUAUCUUUAAAAAUAGAUAUAUUAAUCAUUUUGAAGACAAUGUAAAAAAACAAUUACAAUCCCAUACAAAUGUUAGUGUUGCACCUAAUAUAUUUUUACCAAAAAUUAAACAAAAUUAUGAAAAUUCACAAUUUCGAAAUAGUAUAAUUCAUAAUGGACAACAUCAUUUUAUUAAAAAUGAUCGAGAAAAAAAACGUCUAACAGUUCAUAUGCAGAAAAUGAGUAGACACAAGAAAAGAGUUCAUAUAUUUAGAAAAAGAAAAGGAGCAAUCACAAUAUAG